AUGCCAGAAACCCAUGAACGUCAACUUUCGACUAGUGAAGAUGAAACUGCAUUGGAAUCAUAUUAUGAAAUAAAAAAUAAUAAUAAUCAAGUUUGUUUUCUAUUUUCAAAAACAAAUUUACAAAAUCUUCAUGGUUAUAAAACAUUACAAGAUUUUCUUGAUCACUCUGAAUAUGCUCUUAAAAGUAUACAAAAAUAUGAAUCAGUACGUGGAGAAGGUUAUGUUACUAUUGGUGGUGCUGAAUUAACACGAGAGCUUACAAAACGACUUAAUUUAACAUCAUCACAACGUUUAUUAAAUUUUGGCAGUGCAACUGGUGGAAGUUCAUUUCAAAUUUCUCAAGAUUACGGCUGUGAAAUUGUUGGUGUAGAUAUUUCAGCUAACAUGAUCGGCAUUGCAUGGGAUCGAGCUUUAUCAUAUAAAGGACAUCGAAUUCGUUUUGAAGUUGGUGAUGGUAGAAAAAUGCGAUUUUCACCAUCAAAAUUUGAUGUUAUUUAUAGUCGUGAUGUCAUGUUUCAUGUUUCGGAUAAGACAGCAUUACUUAAUAAUUUUUAUACAUGGCUUAAACAUGAUGGUCGUUUAUUGAUUACUGAUUUUUGUUGUGGUAAUACACCAUUUUCACAAGAUCUUAUUGAUUAUGCACGUUCUGGCAUGUAUACUAUGACACCCAUACAAGAAUAUGCUGAACUCUUUGAAAAAUGUGGUUUUAUUGAAGUACAUGUAGAAGAUCGUUCUGAUUUAUAUCAACAAUAUUGUCAAAAUGAAAUUGAAAUUGCUGAAAAAAAUCGAAUGAAUCCUAAUUCUAAAUUAACUCGUCAAGAAUUAGACGAAUGUGUUCGACAAUGGAAAUUAAAAUAUUCUUUAACAAAUUCAGGUCAACGUCGUUGGUGCAUUUUUGAAGCACUCAAACCAUCAGUGUCAUUUUAUGAAGAUGAUAAUAAUGAACAAUAA